AUGAAGGAGAAGGGAACUUCUGUGAUUCCAUGUUUGGCCAUCCGGCAACGUUACAUUGUUCUUGCUAUCGGUAAGUUAUAUCUUUACUUUGAAAAAAAAAUAGGGGAGGGGGGCGGAGAGAUUUACAUAAAAUAUUCGCUCUAUCAAAACCUAUCCAGAGUUUCAGACUUGAUUUUUUAAGGGUAUGCAUUUAUGAAUAUAAAUCUAGCAGUAGAAUUCAGUCAAUAUCGCACUUGAACCUACACAUCUCACGCAGUCAUUAGAUUUAGUCUAAUUUGUAACUUUUAGGUACACUAUGUAUCGCAUCCAUUGCCAGUAACAUGACGGUGAUCAACUUCACCAUGAUCUGCAUGGCCAAAACAGGAAACACCUCCGAUCCGACCUCGAGCUUGACUGAAGACCAAUACAACUACUCCAACAAGCAAAAGUCGAUUAUUAUGUGGGCCGCAGCUAUUGGAACCCUGGCGGCUGCUUGGCCUUUUCAUUGGUUAGUGGGCAGUGCUCAGACUUUAACUGAUAUCAAUCGUUUUACAGGUUCUACCAGCAAUUCGGAGCUCGCAGUGUCUUUUUCGCUGCUGGUGCCGUCUCGACAAUUUCAACAGCACUGAUGCCUCUUGCAGCAACACUACACUUCAACUUUUUGGUUGUUGCCCGCUUCUUCCAGGUUAUUCUAUCACCUUUUGAGAACUAUUGUCAACGUACACUUCAGGGAGUAAGUUUCGGAGCGGAUUUCGCUGCAAUUGGUCUGAUCGUCGUCAACUGGGCUAGUCUGAAACAGCACGGAUUCUUCAUUUCACUGCUCUCCUCGUUCUCGCAAAUUUCUGUAAUUUUCACCAUGCCUGUUGCGGGAGAGCUCUGUGAAUCCUCAUGGGGAUGGGAAUCGGUGUACUACGUCCAUGCCGUUCUCAGCGGUUUUCUGUUCUUAUUGUGGAUCUAUUUCUACAGGUUUCUCGAACAUAUAUAAAGGAUAAUUUCUAAUCGAAUUUUUCAGAGACAAUCCAGUGAAACACCCGCAGAUGACCGAAAUCGAACUUGAAAAAAUUCACAGAGGAAAAGGAGAUGUGGUGGAGCAUGAAAAAGCUCCGAUCGUGAAAAUUUUGACCAAUUCGGUCAUGUUGGCAGUUUGGCUUUCAGCUUUUGGUGAGCUUAUGAUGUCGCAGUUCAUUGUGAUGUAUGGACCGACUUUCUUGAAGGAGGUGAGUGAACAUUCAAUAGCCAUUUGGAUUUUUUAAAAACUACUUUAAAGGUUCUGGGAUUUGCCGUUAACCACACUGGAUACUUCGUCGCCGUCCCUCGUCUUCUUCAUUUGCUCUUCAAGAUUAUCUCCGGUAUCGCUAGUGACCGUAUCCAUUUCUGGUCGGAGAAAACCAAAAUGAGAAUCUUCAACACGAUUGCUUUAAUGGUUUCCGGAGCAUUCUUCUGCAUUCUCGGCUACCUGCCGAAGGAUCACGCUUCCCUCUCGAUUGUCGCUUUGAUUAUCAUUGAGUGUUCCACUGGAUUCAUAUGUGGUGGAUUCUACAAGUGUGCUACUCUUGUUGCUAGGUAAGGAACGCUUCCUUGUUGUUGUAACUAGGUCGGAAUUAGCAAAAAGUAUCAGAAGCUAUCUAUGUCUUCCUAAUUUUUCAGACAGCACUCUCACUUUGUCCUCUCUCAAAUCCAGUUCAUCAAGUGCUUGUCUCUUUUCAUCGAGCCCCUUCUGGUCUUUCUGAUUUGUACACACAACACCCUUGAAGAGUGGAGAAUUGUCUUUCUCACUCAUGGAAUCCUUCUGAUCGGUGAGCCAUCACGAAACAUGAUUCUAAACAAAUAGGUCAUGUAUAAUUUCAGUUGGAAACGUCAUUUUCUGCUAUUUCGCCACUGAUGAGCCUGCAGACUUCACCCAUCAUCAAAACGGAGAAGAAAUGACGGAUGUGCCACCGGAGCGUAGAAGGUGGCUGAACUGUCUCACUUCUUGUUUAGAAUAAGAAGUGAUUACACUAAAAAGUGACGAAAUUCUGAGUCACAUCCCUUUAUUUAUUACUUUACUCUAAGAUUUUCACGUGGUUUGUCAUUGAUGUGUGAAUAAACCGUUUACAGGUGAAAGACUGAACAAAAAAGUCACCUGAAUAUCGCCCACGAUAACGAAUAUUUUUUUUAAUGAUUAUAAUAUUUGCAGACUGACUGAAAACGAGCAAUAG